AUGGUAUCAGAGCCGCAGCAGUGGAGCACCUACGCCGCCGCGGUCUCCGGCGAGGCUAGUCAGGAAGGACAAACAGUGCCACCGAUGACUGCCUCACCGAUUCACGCAGUUCCGACUACGCUUCCACAGACACAGAGACACCAGAGGAUGGAGGAUUUCGAGAAUCCGUUUCACUUCAGCUCAAGCGACAGUUCGAAUGCAAUCCUGGUGAAUCCUCCCCUAAUAGGGAGCUCCAACUACAGCUCUUGGAGCAUAUCCAUGAGGAUAGCUCUGGAGGUGAAAAACAAGUGGUGUAUCGUUGAUGGUAGCAUCUCGACACCAAACAGAGAGAAUAGCCAGUAUCGCUGCAAUUUGAUGGUGUGUUCGUGGAUCUUCAAGUCCGUGGACUCAUCCAUCGCUCAGAGUGUUAUGCAUCUAGAUAAGGCAGCAGACGUAUGGGAUGACUUGAAGAAGAGAUUCGCGCAAUGCGAUGCUCAAAGGAUCUCCACUUUGCAGAAUGAAAUAUACAGCCUGAGACAAAAAUCCUUGUUAGUAAGUGAGUACUACACAAGAUGCUGGACGAUGUGGGAGGAGAUGAAUACCUUGAGGCCUCUCCCGAUCUGCAAAUGUGAUCCCGGGGUGCCUGCGAUCUCGCCAAUUAAAUCCGAAAGGAACGCGACAUCGAUCAGGUCAUUCGUUUUCUGCAAGGCCUAA